AUGUCGAUUAAUAGGCGAGAGACGGGGCUGUUAGGCGGCGUCCGAAAUAACAUCAAAAGGACGGAUCAUAUUUGGCACUCUAAUCACAGUAGAACAGCUGAGGCCCGAAUUUUCCUAUGCCGGGAAGCUGCUAGCCUCUACGGUUUAAGACAAAGGGUCAGGAAAAAAGACGAUGGGCUAAAGGAAACAUACACAAUUGGAGGUGUACCCAUUCUUGAUCUAAGAGAAAUGAAUGGAAAGUCCCAUCCCUGGUUUUCUGGUCGCGCAAACAUUAACACUUUAGCAGGCACUUCGCCAGACCAUAUUUCGACUUCUUUCUCUUACAUAGCCCACAUCCUUGUCCUUGUUUCCAACUACUUGUCGCUGAGGCUUCCAGCCGAGUUAACUCUUCCACAUAAAAAUUAUCCGAUGCCAACUAUAUACACGCCCUCCGCGUCCUAUCUUCCAAGAGAGGCGCUUUCAGCAUCUUACCCGGACUAUUUUUCGCCGAGUCCAACGGUAUCCCGCGCCGCUGAUACACAUGUCUUUCUACCUCGGCCUCGGCCACUUCGGAUUGAGAUAUCACUUCCAAAGCUAGCCAAGGAGGAUCCUGGGGCUUAUGCUCUCUUCGUUGAAGGAGCUACACUACUAGCGUGGAAUGUGUCUUGGCUAUGUAGAAGCCAAGGUCUUAAUCUAGGGUCCGACUCUUGGGAAGAAGUUUGUGAUAUCGGGAAAAACCUAUGGCAGCUCCUCGUCGCGCCCCCCGGGCAGUCGUCGACACUUGUAAGAGCCCUUACGGCUCGCGAGAUUCAGACGAAACUCAAAUCUCCCAAAGAUUCCCCUAGAGCAACCAUUCAGCGAACGAAAUCAUUUCCCAUGCUUGGUCAUUAUUCGCAUGGCACUGCUCACUCCUUCCUAGGCGCAUCUGAGGGUGUUGAAUUUAUCCGGAACUGGAGACUACCUACUCCGACAAAAGUAGUUGAUAGGUUGAAAUCGACACUUCUCGGUGAGAUGGCCAGCGCGGAAUGGGAAUUGGUGGAGGAAAAAGAAUGGGACGACAUACCUCAAGAAUCUGCGCAGGCAGUUUCUCGCGCGCCUGCAGAUGGCUCACGGCUGAUGCGUGAUUCUCGAUCUAGCUUGGGAGACGCAACUUCCAUAGUGUCUAGGAUAAAUGCUUCCAGCACUCCCAUGAGCGGGUCGAGGGGGUCUCGAUUUAGCGUCCCCGCGCUUUCAGGGGUAUCAGAUGCUCUCCUCCAAGAGGAGCUUUCGCGACGAAACAUGUAUCGUGAUACGGGCGACGAUAAACCUACAUGCGGAUCAAUCAAACAGGGCACCUACAACACCCCACUCCAUGUAAUGGCACUAUUUCUCAUUCUAGUGUUGAGCACGCUGGCUUGUUCGUUUCCUAUCCUCGCUCGCCGAUUUCCGCGCCUGCCGAUACCCCGGCGGUUUCUCUUUAUAUCAAGGCAUUUUGGGACUGGAGUUCUGAUUGCCACGGCAUUUGUUCAUUUACUCCCGACAGCUUUUGUUUCCUUGACUGAUCCUUGUCUCCCUCGGUUUUGGAGCGAGAGCUAUCGCGCUAUGGCUGGCUUCGUCGCGAUGAUCUCGGUAUUUGGCGUCGUGUUGGUGGAAAUGUUUUUCGCGAUGAAGGGCGCAGGUCACGUCCAUGGGAGCGAGUAUGAUCAAUUAAUCGGCGAUAGUGUGGGUUUAAGUGGCGAUGAUCAGCCUGGCGACUCAGUUUAUUCGCGACUCGAGGCAAGUGAAUCAACAGACAACAUCCAUCUUUCCUCAAUGCAUGAGGAUCGGAUGCCCGCUUCAUCAGGAACGCACGAUAGUCGUCUAAGGAACUCGACAGAAAAUUUCGGUCCGGAGAGGUCUUCUAAUCAUCUAAAGGAGAGCACGUUUGGUGCUGUGGAGGACGGCGGUGACGAGAUUUCUUGUGCCGACACGAAUCGGCGUCCAACACAUUCUCGCCAUUACGUUUCCCAGUCUGCGACGUCUCAUACUGAUCCUAAAAUUUCCCUACAAAACCCUAAGCGUCAACUCUUGCAAUGUCUCCUCCUCGAGGCUGGUAUUCUUUUCCACAGUGUCUUCAUUGGGAUGGCUGUUAGUGUCGCUACGGGCACUUCGUUUGUUGUUCUCCUAGUGGCCAUCUGCUUUCAUCAAACAUUCGAGGGUUUCGCUCUCGGCUCUCGGAUUGCAUCGCUGAUUCCAGAUCUCUUUCCCCCCUCGUCAAUGAAGCCAUGGCUCAUGUCCAUCGCCUAUGGAACCACAACCCCUAUUGGUCAAGCCAUUGGGCUGGUUUUACAUAACUUCUAUGACCCAGCCAGCACUACAGGGCUUCUAAUGGUCGGGAUCACAAACGCAAUAAGCAGCGGACUGUUGCUCUUCGCCGGCUUGGUAGAACUUUUAGCCGAAGAUUUUCUCAGUGAAGAGAGUUAUGUGACUCUACAGGGUCGCCGACGCUUUGAGGCAUGUCUAGCGGUUGCAGCUGGUGCACUUCUAAUGGCAUUCGUGGGGGCAUUUGCUUAGGCCUUAUUGUAACUUGGGGGAGGGGGGGUUCAUAAUAUACCUUAUCCUUACAUUUUACGGUUUGCAUAGUAUAUAAUAUAUACACGGACACGCGCACACAUGCACAUAUAUAUAUAUAUAUAUUGCCCCCACCACUGCCCUCUUCCAUUCCGCAUUUAUAUGCGUUCUCCACGGAACACGGUUAACGAUUUUUAUUAUCGGAUUAUACUAUUGGCCAUGAAAAUACUAAUUAGCACCAGCCAUCCCCCUGUCAUACCACUUUAUAUGCCAGCAUACUCC